AAGCUACGCGGGGUUGUGGGGUGUCCGGGGAGCUUAAGGCGCGCGCUUUCUUUUUGGCGUUCGCCGCUGAACGUCGUGUCCUUUCCGCCCUUUCGGGGAGGGGGAAAGCAGAGCUUCUCCUUCACGAGCUGGGGCCCGUGAAGGAGAAGGGAGCCAGCGGGGGACUUUGGAGCGCCUGAGGGCAGGGCUGCGGCCCGGAAGAGGGGAGGAGAAGAGUGGGUUCCCGUAGGCAGGGUCCGCACGCGCUGGGAUCAGGGCUGGUCCCGAGAAGGGCCUGGGGCGGCCGCGCAAUGUUCGGGGCCCGGUGCCUGCUCCGAGCCCUGCGCUCCUGUUCCUCGGCUCCCUGCCCGAGGCACAAACUUUCAGCCAAACUGAGCGUGCGGGACGCUCUCGGGGCCCAGAACGCAAGUGGGGAGCGCGUUAAGGUCCAGGGAUGGAUUCGUUCAGUCCGAUCCCAGAAGGAAGUCUUGUUCCUGCAUGUCAAUGAUGGGUCAUCUUUGGAAAGCCUUCAGGUUGUAGCAGAUUCAAGCUUUGACAGUAGAGAACUGACCUUUGGGAGUUCUGUGGAAGUUCAAGGGCAGCUGGUAAAAAGUUUGUCCAAAAGGCAAAAUGUGGAACUGAAGGCAGAAAAAAUUGAAGUUGUUGGAAAUUGUGAUGCCAAGGCUUUCCCUUUUAAAUAUAAAGAGAGGCAUCCUCUGGAGUAUCUGAGACAAUACCCUCACCUUAGGUGUAGGACUAAUGUUCAGGGUUCUAUACUGAGGGUUCGCAGUGAAGCCACAGCUGCUAUCCAUUCUUUCUUUAAGGACAGUGGCUUUGUGCAUAUUCAUACUCCAGUAAUCACAUCCAAUGACUGUGAGGGGGCUGGAGAACUUUUUCAAGUUAAACCUUCAAGCAAAAUAAAGGUACCUGAGGAGAAUUUCUUCAAUAUUCCUGUUUUCUUAACUGUCUCAGGACAACUUCAUCUAGAAGUGAUGUCAGGAGCUUUUACUCAAGUGUUUACCUUUGGUCCAACAUUCCGAGCAGAGAAUUCUCAGAGCCGGAGACACCUGGCAGAGUUUUAUAUGGUAGAAGCAGAGAUUUCUUUUCUUGAGAGCCUUCAAGAUCUCAUGCAGGUUAUGGAGGGCCUCUUCAAGACUACAACAAUGACAGUUCUCUCAAAUUGUCCUGAAGAUGUUGAACUCUGUCACAAAUUCAUAGCUCCUGGCCAAAAGGACAGAUUAGAACAUAUGCUAAAAAACAACUUUCUAAUCAUUUCUUAUACUGAGGCAGUGGAGAUCUUAAAGCAGGCAUCCCAGAACUUCACCUUCACUCCAGAGUGGGGUGCUGAUCUACACACUGAACAUGAAAAGUACCUGGUGAAGCACUGUGGCGACAUACCAGUCUUUGUCAUUAAUUAUCCAUUAGCACUCAAGCCCUUCUACAUGAGGGAUAAUGAAGACAGCCCUCAGCACACAGUUGCUGCUGUUGAUCUUCUGGUUCCUGGAGUUGGAGAGCUCUUUGGGGGAAGCCUCAGAGAAGAACGGUACCAUUUCUUAGAGCAGCGAUUGGCCAGGUCAGGACUGACAGAAGCCUACCAAUGGUAUCUGGACCUCCGUCGAUUUGGAUCUGUGCCACAUGGAGGUUUUGGGAUGGGAUUUGAACGCUGUCUGCAGUGCAUCUUGGGAAUUGACAAUAUCAAAGAUGUUAUCCCUUUUCCAAGAUUCACUCAUUCGUGUCUUUUGUAGCUGAAGACUGGUUAAGGAAGACCACCCUGUGCCAGAGGUACUGCACGUGAAUAUACAUACAGGAGAAUGCAUGUUUGAACUGUAGAAAUGCAGAAGUUUUCAAUUUGUAAUUGUCAUGCCAGAAGAUACAUGAAAGAUACAUGUGAUCAUGAUUUUCAUUGAAAGUUGAAGGCAUUUCAUGGAAAGAUGAACUCCAUCAAGAAGAGGUACUUAUAGCAGAUAGAAUCUCAAAGCUAUUGUGUCAAUUAAGAAAAAAGUGAAAUUGAACUAGAUGGUCUCAAAGGUCCUUUCAAACUCUAGGACAGGAUGAAAUUGUGUAUUUUACUUUUUCAAGAUUUUUUUUUUGAUGUGGACCAUUUUUUUAAAGUCUUUAUUGAAUUUGUUACACUAUUGCUUCUGUUUUAUGCUUUGGCCCUUUGACCGCAAGGCAUGUGGCAUCCCAGCUCCCCGACCAGGGAUCGAACCCGUACCCCACGCACUGGAAGGCAAAGUCUCAACCACUGGACCGCCAGGGAAGUCCCGAAAUUGUGUAUUUUACUUUGUCUUUAAUCAGUAGACCACUGCCGUCUGUGACCUUUGAGAAGCAACUACUAGCUAAAAAUAAAAUGUUGUUGGAUCUUUUCUCCCUUGCCAUUUAACCUAUGAUAAAUUCCCAUCUUAUUCUCAUUGCUUUACUAAACAUUACAGAAGAAAAUAUUCCUUUUUUGGGUCUUGAAUUAAGAAAAUUGCUAUUGUGAAUUGAAAUCUUUUUUCAUCAGACUACAUGAAAAAUCACAUUUAAUAACUGUUGAUCCUUAAUUAUAAAAGCUAACAAGAUGUAUUAUUUAAACUAAUCACUGUUGUGUUGCAGUUAGUUCAUGUUAGAUAUUUAUAACGUCUCUGAUAAUCAAUAAAAUAGAUUUUCGAUACCUAUGAAAGAAAAAAACAGGUUUUUAAAUUCCAUUUGGCCUUUUCCCAGUGAAAUUUGGAAGAAAGGUAUUCUCCAUCCAAGAUGAGGAUAUAUAGCUAAACCUAAAGGGAGGAUAAUUCUGGAGUCAAAAAGUAACGGGGCAUGUUAGAGUGAGAAGAUCACUGAUUUGGGACUUCGCGACCUGACGGUUCUAGUAGUCACAAGUAUGAGUUUGGAUAAGCCACUUACUCUGUAUGAGCUCAUGCAUCAUUUUCCUCACAGACUUGAUAUAGUAAUUACAUGAAAGUGUGUGUGCGUGUGUGUGUGUGUAUGUGUUUAAAACUGUGAAAUGCUACACAAAUUUUUUUAAACUCUACUUUUAGUCUUCGUUGAGAUGCAGAUAUGUCGACUUACGGCAAAUGGUGAACUCAGUAGGAUUCAUAUGUAUCAAAUAAUUAUAAAAAGGCAUGCAUGCCUGAAUAAUCAAUUUUCUAAGUCUCAUUAGAUGACUUAGGUUACUUCCUAAUGAGUUUCUGUAUGCACUUUAUUUUAACCUAACUCAAAAUCAAACAGCUGGAAAGAACCGCAGAACCUAGAGUUGGAAGUCAUAGGAGACACUGAGAGGUUGUCAAGGUUGAACUUCUAUCUAAAGCAGAGGGAUCCUAUGUACCUUGGCAGCCUCUUGGCAAAGAGCUCAGUACCCCACAGAAUAGCUCAUUCCAUUUCUGAAGCUCUCUAAUUGGUAGCUUUUGCUGAGCUAAAAUCUGCUUCCCUGGAACUUUAAUCCUUGGGCUUAGAUACCAAGUUUAGGACAGGAUAAAAGGAACAAUUAAGGCUUCCAUAAGGCUUGCCUCAACCAUGGGUUAGAGAGAUAAAUUCAUUUGUUUACUCAACAAAUAUUACCUGAGCUUAUUCUACAUGCCACAUACUGUGCUAGGUGCUACAUAAACAGUAGUGAACUGACCCUUGCCUUCAUGGAUUUACAGUCUAUUAGGGAAGAUAUACCAAUGAUAAGUAAACAAAUGUAUUAUUUCAAAAUAUGGCAUGUGCUAUAAAAUUUUAUGAAGAACAGGGCAAUCAUAGAUAAGCUUGCUAGAGGGGGCAUCCCUGAAAAGGUGAUAUUUAACCUUAGACCUGGAAGAUAAAAUAGAGAAACCAUUUUUUUUUCUUCUUCUUCUGUGUAAAACAUGUUACUUAUGUUUACUAGGUUCUGCUUAAGAAUAUAAACAAUGAAAUAUAUAUAUGUAAUUUAUUUUUUAAAUUCUGUUAAAAUAUAGUUAAAAAAAUCACAGAGAUAAAUCUUAUUUAUUUGAAAACAUUUUCUUAUAUGAAUUAUUUACCCAUUUGUGCUGGGUACCUAAGUUUCCCACCCAAAAAAUUAGAAUUAGUGAAGAAGUAAUUCCUUAAGAAGUGUGGCACUAUCAGCUCCCCCUUCCCCUGAAGUCGCUAAAUAAUAAAAUUUACCGUAUUUUAUAAGAUUUCAGGUUCAUUGUAAUCAAGACCCCUGUGGUACAGGGAGAUCAGCUCGGUGCUUUGUGACCACCUAGAGGG